AUGUAUAAUCUGAAGUUGGAAAAGUUUAAAGGUAACGAGGGUCAUGAAGGCGCAGAACGUUGGUUAGAACACAUAGAGAAGACUUUCCGUGUGUUGCAUAACCAGGGGAACCUUCCUAUGGAAAAGUGGGUCGAGACAACCUCGUGGUUUCUGGAGAUGGAGUCUGCAGCUUGGUGGGAGCAAGAACUUCGUAGGUUGACUCCAGCUCAGAGGACCGAUUGGAAUGUUUUCAAGGAUGUGUUUCAGAGGAGAUUUGUACCCCCUGAGUAUAUCGACCGUAAGAAACAGGAAUUGACCGAGUUGAAACAGCGAAAGAUGACGGCUAACGAGUAUUAUCGCACUAGGAAGAGAUGGCGUUCUAUGGCGACUACUACUCACUGUGAGUCCUACCAGGAGUUCUAUGAGAUAUUGUUGAGGGUAGAGGACUCAGAGAAUAUGUCGAGUGACAGUGAUGAAAAGAAAGAUGACAAAGGGAAAGGUCAAGUGUCGCUUGGGCCUCGCCAAACUCAGAACUUCAAAAGGGGUGGUGCUAGUUCGAGUUCGUCUAGUGGUGGUUUCAGUGCUUCUGGACAAGGACGAGGAGGUAGGUUUUAUGGAGGUGCUCGAGGCCAGAGACAAGGUGAUGGUGGCCGAAACCGAAUUCCAUUUUGCCGUAGAUGUAAUAACCGACAUUUCGGCGAGUGCAGGCAGAUUAGUGGUAAUUGUUUCACGUGUGGACAGGUGGGACAUAGAGCGGUGAAUUGUCCCCAGAGUAUGCAGCAGAAGCCGUAG